AGAGAGAGAGAGAGAAAGAAAAAGAGAGAGAGAGAGCGCACGGUAAGAGAAUAAAGCUUUUUGCAUGGGCGUUAGAGGAAGGGGGGGAGGAGAGCUCGCUGCUGCCGGAGACUGAAUAACUGCGGGUGCUUCAGAAAAGGAGGUAGCGGCAGUGAGCAGAAUAGAAAAGAACGAGCUGUAGAGAGAGAGAGAGGGAGGGAGAGAGAGAAAGAUAACGAGGGAUAGGGAGAGGGAGGGAGACGGAGGAGAGAGAGAGAGAAGCAGUCCUCACACAACAUGGAUGCCCAGUGUGAGAGUAGUGAGGCGCCGCCAGGCGAUCCCCAGUCCGCCGGCAAGAUCCGCAAGGCCUUCAAGCUGUUCGGCAAAGGCAAGCCGGCGAGCAGCGUGGCCAGCAUCUUCGGCAAACGCGGCAAGGGGGAGGGAGCGCAGAAGUCGCCGCUGCCGCUGCCACGCAGCAAGACCCUGGACGGACUGUCGGACACCACCGUCGGCAACAUGGCAACGCAAGACGGCGCUGCCACCGAGGCGACGACGCGAUCGGAGCCCGCCGCCUCCACGCCCCAGCACCGCCCGCUGUCGGAGGGGGCCUGCGAGCAGGACGAGUCGGCCCAGAACGAGCACCCUUGCGCGGACGGCAUGAAGGACUACUCCCCGACCCGGCCCUCCAUCUCCUCCAUCACAUCAGCUAAGUCUCUGAACUUCCUGUCGUUGCUACGGAGGAGUCGGCGAGAGGGUGGAGGUGGGGACCGGCAGGUGCACACGGAGGCGCACCGCGGCGGGCGCCAGCGCAAGGGCCUGCGGAGCCUGUUCGGCAGCAUGCGCUGGCGUCGCCGGGACGACGAGGACGGGGCGGACGAGACGGACGAAGGGGGUGCGGGCCCGCCGCUGACGGCCUCGCGCUCCAACAGCGUGGAGAUCAUCAAGGAGCACCUGACGCUGACCCCGCGGCCCGCGCCCAAGGCCGAGGGCGAGCGGAGCCUGCUGGACGACUCCACCGUGGCACCGGACGCCACCUCCAAACCCGGCACCCCGAAACCGGAGGACAAGACGGCGGGAAUGGUGAACGGAGGCACGUCCCAGCCGAACCCGAACGCCAACGCCGGGGACCCCACGUCGGACCGGCUCAGCACGCUGCUGGGCGACAUCUCCUCCAUCCUGAGCUUCGACUCGCUGACGGGCUGCGGGGACAUCGUGGCCGACGUGGAGGCCGAGUGGGCCAAGGCCAGCAGCCGCGUCGGUGCCUCCACCGCCAAGGAGCAGAGCCUCGCCGCCGCGGACGACACGGACAGCGGCGAGAAGAGCCUGUCGGCGUCCUCGGCCACGCCGUCGGCCAAACUCUCCCCUGCUGCCGCACCCGCCGCACCCGCCGCAGCAGCCCCUGCUCCCACCACCCCGACCCCGGUGGUGGCGACUACGCCAAAACCAGUCGUCAUCCCCUCUCCGACUCCCGUGAUUACGCCCAGGCCAGUUGUGGCCGCCACGCCUCCUCCACCUGCUGCGGUGGCUCCCGCCAGCCCACCGGUGGUGAAGAGUGCCUCUCCGUCCCCUGCGUACCAACCAGCCCCAGCUCCUGUCUCCCCUGCACCCGUGGCUUUCUCCUACAAACCAGCCCCUGUCUCCCCAGCACCCGUGGCUUCCUCAUACCACCCAUGCCCAGCUCCUGUUUCCCCUGCACCUCUGGCUUCCUCAUACCACCCAGCCCCAGCUCCUAUCUCCCCAGCUCCUGUCUCCCCGUCACCCGUGGCUUUCUCCUACAAACCAGCCCCCGUGUCUCCGGCACCCGUGGCUUCCUCGUACCACCCAGCCCCAGCUCCUGUCUCCCCUGCACCUCUGGCUUCUACAUACCCUCCACCCCCCGCCUCCCCGGCUCGCCGGAUUUCUGGAAGUGCCAUCCCCACACCCCUGCCUCCGUCUCCUGCUCUGUCCCAUUCCCCCGUGCCAGCCUCGCCGGCCUCGGUCAGGCACGAGCACAGCGGCAUUCCCGUGCCCAUCCAUCCCGUUUCCGUGCCCACCCCUUCGCCCUCGCCUCCGACCACCUCCGGCCAGUCGACACCCAGACCGACCCCCAAGCCGACCCCAGCGCCUGCCCCCGCCCCCGUCCCCAAACCCAAGGUGAUCAGCGGGAUCAUCAAGCCGGCCCCCGAGCCCGGGAAGCGGCCCGCCAAGAUCGUCACCACCUUUGGGCUGUCCUGCGACAAGACGCGCACCUCGCCCCCGACCAGGCAGUCCUCCAAAGAGGAGUCCAAGCCACCGACCCCCACCGCCAAGUCCGCCCCCAUCUCCACCUUCUCCGACGUGCCCCCGCCUACUGCUGCUGCUGUCCCGGUCGUGGCUGCUGCUGCCCCCCCUGCGGAGCCAGCCUGGGCUGCCAAAGGCCUCCCUCCUGUUCCCUGUGCAGCCUACAAACCUCCCCCGUCAUACAACACCCCCUCCUUCUCAAAACCCUCCAGCCUUCCGGAACCUCCGGCUGCGGCGACGGUCGCCGUCGCCUCCACCAGGGUUCCAUUUGCCACCUCCCCGGUCUCUCCUCCUCCGCCUCCUCCUCCUGCUGUGGGGACCUCCAGGCCCUCCUCCACCUCCACCUCCUCCCCACCUGAGGAGGAGGCGCGCGUGGACGGUGGGGAGGACCUGGCCAGCCGGGAGGCCCUGGUGGCGGGGGCUGGGACGGGGGGCGUCCAGAGGAGUAUCCCCGUGGCACGCAGCCCGGCGGUCAAGCCCACGAGCCUGAGUAAAAUCCCAGUAUGCGGUGGAGGAAGAGCACCAGUGGCAGUGGGCAUGGCAGCGGCCAGGAGCACCCAGCAGCAGCAGCAGCAGCAGCAGCAGCAGCAGCAGCAGCAGCAGCAGCAGCAGGCACCCAGCCGAGAGCCUCAUUCCAACGGGGACGCCCAUGCCGCUAACGCUAAUGCUAACGCUACCCCCAUCGCGUCCACCGGUCCCUCCACGCCGCUGGGCUCCGAGGAGGACAUGCUGAACCCCCUCUCCCGGGACACGGGCAGCCGGGACACCCUGAGCGCGUACGCCGGGGAGCAGUCGUCCCCGACCAACACGUCGCCCCCGACCUCCCCUCCCGGGGAGUACGGCGACGAGGACGACCGAGCCACCACUCCGUCUCCACCACCCGGCGGUGCGUCUGCUGCCGCCUCGAGGCGUCCGUCCAAAACGGGCUCGUUGUCGGGCAUCCCGCUGUCUCGGGGCUCGGGCAUCCCCAUCAAGAGGGACACGCACGCGGCCCCGGCCUACCACUCCACGCAGGCCAAAGGGGACGCGCCGCGCUCCAAGAUCCCCCUCUCCAAAGUACCCGUGCGCCGCGGAGGACACACCGCCGUCAAGAAGUGAGCUCAGACACUCAUGCGAGUCGACUCAACCUAUCACAGACUAGAUUUGACCCCACCUGACCUGACCUGACCUCUCUGAACCUGCUGAUUGGCUGGAUCACAACAGACUCCAGGCUCUUACAAUCAGUUUUUUUUUGUUUGUCUGGGAGCGAUAGGUUGAUUUUUUUUUUCUCUCGUUUUGUUUAUGUAUUCUUAAGAAACAGAAGCCGUACUUGCGGCAUAUUGCUUCGACACUUUCCCAAACAUGGAAACGGACUCUUUAACGGACUCUUUAAAACCCCAAGUAGGACGAGUAUCGUAUGUGGAGUAGCAGAAUAGAGAUCAGGUCCUUCCUGGAUCUGCGCGGUGGGGAAUAAUGACAGGCUGCUUCUGCCGACUGUGUGUCACUGGAUUAUCAGAGCUCAUUUUAUGCAGGACAACAAUUGAUGUUUUGUUUGCCUUCUGGCAAUGAUAAUGACUACUGAAAAAAAAACUCUUCGACUUUCAUGCAGUAUACUACACUGGUGUAUAUUUCAGCUGUUGGGACUCUUGGA